CGCCUGCACAGAGACGACACUUCUCAGUUGCACUCUCUCUCUCUCUCUCGUCGGUGAAUCGUCGACGAUGGCAUCUGCGAUCGGUUGGUACGGGCCUCUGAUCGAUCUCUCGGAAGCAGCUUCUCACGUCGGCGACUUCGUUCAGCUCCUCGUCUUCGUCCAUCGUUCCACUCCGGUUCAGUACAAGUUAUCGGAAGGUGGGGAGAUUAUCAGGACCGAUGUUCAAGUUGGUGAUGAUACGAGGCCACGUUUCAUUGUGUCGCUCUGGCAGAAGCAAAUGGGGUCUUUGACAAUUUCCGGUGAUGUGAUACUGCUACAAAAUGUUAAGGUUGCCAGAUUCGGCGAUCUUGUUGCAAGGACAGUCAGUUGUUCAUCGAUCAUGCCCUUGGUCCACCCUCAUGAACUGAUGUUUUCCAAAGGCGUAGAUGAACUGAUAGGGAACACCAGACUUGGCACUGCAGGAAAGGAAAAACUGAAGAAGGUGAUUGGUUGGGUCAAGGCAAAUGAACUUAUCCUCCGCAAUCGGAAGCAGUUGUCAAGAAACUGGAAAGUCGUGGAAGUGGGGGAACACAAGGACUGCGCUUCUAUCUCAGAAGUACUAAACCUGACUUGUUUGUGUAAGGCAAUCUUUCUGGCAUCUGUUGGUGAAAUCUUUCUUCCAAUUGCGUGGAGAGCUAUUUGUGAAAUUGAGAAGGCAAAGAUGUUCAUAAGCUGGAGAAUAAACAAUAAGGAUGGUGACGGUUUAGCUAAGGAUUUCAUUUGUACUGGCUGCCAGAUUUGUGGUUCGCCUUUGGAAUUAGAACAUGGUAAGCAUGCACUCAAGCAGAACUCUGUUCCUCUCUACUGUGACAAAAGCUCCGACCGCCUUCAUGCAGUGAGCCUGAUUUACCAACCCUUCAUGUUGUAUGCAUGGGAUGAAUCGGGGUCUCUUCCACUUCUUGUAAAAAACAAAGCCGCAGAACUGCUUUUUGGGAAUAUACCUGCAGAGAGAGUCUAUCUAUGCCUUGAAGCAAAGCUUCCUGUACACAAGUCUUGCUCCAAGGAUGUCCCUGAAAUCAAUUCCCAUGCCGGAGACCCUCUCCAUUGCAUUCGAGCGCAAGGAGCAUCGGACAUCGUCUCAUCGAGUGGAGAUGAGAUGGAGAGGGAGGAAAAGAACAAGUGCCACGAUAGCGUAGAUUUUCAUUUCGUGUGGUUUGUAAUACUAAAAAUGUUACUGCAACAGGGGAAAAAUAGUCCUUUCAGAUUCGAAGUGAAUGUAGAUCCCCGUCUAGACAGGGAAAGUGGGAGGUACGAAAUGGUCACUGCGACAAUGCCAUGCUUCAGAAAGAAAUAAUUUGUCAUCUCAA